AUGCAGCAGUCACAGGAACAGCAGCAGCGCCAGCUCCUACAGCAGCUGCUGCAGCAGCGACAACAGCAGCACCUGCAGCAGCAGCAGCAGCAGUUACAACCCAUGCAGCAACCGUAUCUGUUACCGUCCCAGCAAGGCUUUCAGGAUCAGUCUCGGGGACUGCUUUGCACUGGUCAGGAUGAACGUGCAUUGGAACAACAGCGGGAAGGACGGCGACUGCCGCAGCAGCAACAUGAACAGCAACAGUUGCUGCAACAACAGCAGCUGCAGCAACACCAGCAGCUAGACCAGCAAGUCCUUAAUCCGACAACGCAUCAUCACUCUGCGUUAUCGGGAGUAUUGAACCAAGAAGCCUUGCCUCAGGAGAAACAGCAGCAGAUUCAUCGGCUUCGUUGCCAGCAACAGCGCCAAUACGAGCAGCAGCAACAGAGCCAGCAGCUCCAUCAGCAGCUGCCACGCCACCGUCUUUCUCGUCAAAGCGAAAAGAUAGCAAGCGCUACUCGGGAGCAGUCCAGAGACCUCGUUGGGCGUAGUCAGAGCUCAACUGAACUCCCCGUUGGUUUGGCUGCUGCUGUUGCUACGGCUGCGUCUCCAGCAGCAAAGACGCGAGACUAUGCAGCUAUUUCACUAGCAAAAACAACAACAAGGGCAAAAAGAACAAAUACGAAGGCACGGAAGCUGCCAGCAGCAGCGUCGAUGUUGCUGCGGCGCUGUCUUUCGAAGGAACUGGUAGGGCCCUCGCUAUCGGACUUGGCUUUGUUGCCCCGUUUGUUUCACAUCUUCGCUGAUGAUGGAAGCGCGCAAAGCAGCAACAACAACAGCAGGAGCAUCUGGGGGACACGAGACAGCAGCAGCAGCGCCAACAACCGCAUCCAGAGCGGUAAUAGAAGCCGGCAGCUUAAUUUCGAGACAGCGGAAAUGUUUUCUCGGGAGCUGCUGCGCUGCAGCGUUCUGCGUCACCCCGUGUCAGCUCUUAAGGCCCUCAUUGUGGCCCACAGGCUUUUGGCGCAGAUUCCAGUGGAUGCUUUUGUUGGUUCUUCUCUCCACAAACUUCCGGUGCACAUACUACGUAUUUGGUCAGCCAAGGCCUUCCAGCCUGCAGCAGAAGUAGCAGCAUCAACAGCAGCAGACGCAGGCGGGGCUUUGGCAAGAGCUCUAACAGGGACUUGGUCAGUCUCUCGUUUCUUGAGGGCUAAUGGAGUGUCUUUGGAAACCCUCGUGGCCUUUGAAGCAGAAGGUGUUGUCUCUCUCAAUGCUUCUGUUGCACUGCAGCUAAUUAGCGUACUGCACCGUGCGUGCACUCUUUGUUUGCUGCUGUUGCAGCAUAGGGGCAGCACCCUCUUUGCUGUGAGUAGCAUAUACGUAGUCCUGCUCGUGGAUGACAUCUGGGGCAUUGCGGCAUUGCUACUGCGCCUACUUCAUGCGCUACUGCAACGCUGCAUGCGCCCAGCAGUCGCAGCAGGUGCGGGGCUGGCUUUAGUGUCAGUGCUGGCUUCUCUUGCCAAUCCUCUUAAGGAAGCUCUCAAGGAUAUGCAAAUAGCAGCAGAGGAAUGUGCUGCUGCUGCAAGCAGAUGCCCAUUGCUGCAGCGUAUGUGCCCUCCACCAGCUGAGACACUUUUGCUGCUGGAUGACUUACGGAAGCAGCAGCAGCAGCAGACCUCGCGGAUGUUACUGCCUCGCAGCCAGUUGUUGCCAUACAGGCCUUCUUCCUCAGCACGGAAGUCCAUGCAGGCUGUUGCGCAGCUUCCGCUUCCUGCCGACCUGGAGGCUGCCGCUGCUGCUGCUGCUUCCUCUGGGACUGGAGUAGCACGUGCAGCAUCUAAAAACGACAAAGAAUGGAUAUCCUUUCUAAAGAUUGAGGAGGUGUACUUGCUGCUGAAGGACACAACGGUAGAGAUUGCGCUGCUUUUGCAAGAGCAGCCAAGCUACUAUGCCAGCAGCCACACGCACAGUAGAAGCAGCAGCAACAGUAGCAGCAGAUGUAGCGGAAUAAGCCUGAGGCGGCAUGACGACGUGCAAGGGCGCGAUGGAGGAGCAACAAAAUCAGUCGACGGAGCGAGAGAUGGCUGCUCUACGCCGCGCGCUGCAGCAAGCGUUGCUGCUGCGGAGCCCUGCCAUUCAUGCUCUAAGAGUGAAUGCCGUGGUUGUGCCUUUGCUGCAGCAGCAUCAAAGGGAGCAGAUUCUGUGCACGAGCAACAACGAAACCAACGAGCACAACAGGGGCAACGACAGGGCAAUAGAGGUGUAGAUGAAUACGCUGCAGGGGUUCUAGAAGCUGUAACAGGAGCCAUUGAUGAAGAACAUGCUGCAGCAGAAGCGGCACCUCCUGCUGUGCAGGCUGGUGCUACCACAGGCUCUCCUACUGCUUUUUGUGCUGGGGGAGCAGCAGUAGCGGCAGCUGUUACUACUCAGGGCUCCCUAGCUGUCGCUUCCUUUGAUGCGGACCUACGCUCCCUUACUUGUGGUAGCCCCUCCUUUCAGGAGAUGCUACAGCAGCAGACCCAUCUACAGCAGCUGCAUCAGACCCAGCAGACCCAUGUACAGCUCCAGCAACAACAAGUUUAUCCACAGCACUACUUUGAGCAGCAGCAGCAUCUCCAGCAGCAGCAACUCUACAACCAGCAACUACAGCAACAAGUGCACCAGCAGGAGGUUCUAGGUGAGGCGUUGCAGCAGCAGCAGCUGCAGCAAGCAAGGGAGUUUCUACAGAGGCCACAGCAGUGGCAACCACAACAACCGUGGCAGCUCGAGCAGCAGCAGCAGCACCGGCAGCAGCAGCAGCAGCAGUGGCUGCACGGCAACGUAGGCGACUCACGGAGUGCUUGUGUAUGCCAGCUGCAGCCUCAGUGCUCGCACCAACAGGAACUGCAGAAGACCCAGCAGCUUCAGCGGCUGCUCUUGGAGCAGUCGGCCAUGAGCCAUGAAGGGCAGCUGCACCAGCUCCACCGUCAUCCAUUGGGGCAGCAAGAGCGUAGCCUACAGCACCAUCAGCAGCUCUGUUUGCAGCAGCAGCUUUUACUCCAGCUGCAACAGCAUCAGCAGCCGGCCCCUUUGCAACAGCCAUCGUACCUCCUGCAGUGUGAUCAGCAGCCCCGCUCUCAGCAACACUACCAGCAGCAGUAUCAGCAGCAGGUGAGGCAGCAACAGUUGCAGCAGCUGCAGCACAUGCAGCAAAUACAGCAGCAGCCCGUCGCACAGACACAGCCAUGGUGUGGGGCUUUACAACAACCCACCUGGCCAGAAAGUACGUCCACAUCAACAACAGCGGGAGUCAGCUCACUGAGGUGCAGCUGUGUGGCAUGCCGCAGCAGCAGCGGGCGUAGCAGUUGCUGUUUGAGGGAUCUGAAGGCGCGAUUGGAAGCGCUGAAUCUGGGUGUUGAUCCCACGGAGCUCAAGAUUAAUUGCAGAAUCGGAAGUGGAGCAUCAGGGACUGUUUUAAAAGCUACCUGGAGGGGCUGCGACGUGGCAGUCAAGGUGCUGCCAAUAUUGCGCCAGCAGGCGCUGCCACAGCGGCAGGUGGUGCAACAGAGAGACCACACGCCAGUUGCUGCUGUUGCGGCGGCGGCAGCAGCGCGAGAACUGCAAAUAAUGAAACGACUCAGGUGCCCUAACCUCGUGCUGCUGAUGGGCGCAUGUGCGCUGGAUGAUGAUGCUGUCUGCAGCAGGAACAGCCACAGGAGAACAAACGACGGCAGCGCUGCAGAGAACGCAAGCAGCGCUCGAGAUCUGCUGGCAACAACUGGGUGCCAGGGUCCAGGUCUAGCAGUGGUGAUGGAGCUGUGUGCUGGAGGCAGCUUAUUUGGGCUUCUGCACGGAAGGCCUGAAGACGCGCUAGCGGCUGCUGCUGCUUCUCCUUUGAAGCCUGUUGCGGCAGAACCUACAAUAGCCGCUCCUGCAGAUGCUCCUGGCUCAUGCGCGGCAAUCAUGGGGCUUAAUGUUUCCGUGGACAACUCCUUAUUUACUACUCGUGACCGUGCGUCCAAAGCAGAGUCUGCAGCUGCACCUGCAACUUUGCCAAUACCCGUUGCAACGCAUAGAGCUCCCGAGGGAUUGAAGCAGCCUGAUUCGCGGCAACAGCUGCAGCUGGAACAGCCGCAACAUGAUAUGCAAUUGCUGCAACAACCGGAGCCGCAAGAGGAGCAGCAGCCGCACGAGAAGCAGCAACAGCGGCAGCGGCUGACUUGGGCCCAGAAGCUGAAGGUAGCUCUGGACGUUGCUCGGGGCUGCGCCUACCUGCACGCUUCCCAGCCUCCUGUGGUUCAUCGCGACCUGAAGAGCCUCAACAUUUUACUCGUCGAGAGCAUCACCAGCGACAAGCAAACGCCUGUGGCAAAGGUUGCGGAUUUUGGUCUGAGCCGUUUGGCCACAGCAGCUAGUCGCGGUGACGAUUCUGCACCAGGAACUGCAGCAGCGGCCGCAGCAUCAACAGGACUUGGCGGCUACUCCUACAGAGAUGUUGGGACCUUUGCUAUUCGGACCCGUGCAGUUGGGACAGUUCACUGGAUGCCUCCAGAAGUCAUAAGGGGCCUCCCGCAAGGGCCGGCCGUCGACGUUUUUGCUUUUGGCAUUGUUUUGUACGAGCUCGCGGCUGAAACCCUGCCUUACCUCAGGCCUAGAGACGCGUCAUCCCAUCAGCAACGGCAGCAAUGCGAGCAUAACCCGCAGGAGGCAGACCGGGAAAAUGUGUGGCUGCCACCUCCUUCGGAGAUUUGUGCUGCUGUGCUUCGAGGAGAACGCCCUGAUGAACGUUUCAUUUUGCCACUGUGUCCUCCAAUCUUGAGAAGCCUAAUGCGCCGCUGUUGGGCCGAAGAUCCCUGGGCGCGGCCAACUUUUGCUGAAGUUGUCGAGGAGCUGAAGGCCGCUCUUGAAGCCACAUAA